GUGUCCGGCCCUGCACUCCUGUGUGAGAUGCACACUAAGAGCCAAUGAGGAGGUAACCGUGGUCACUGUUUCCCUGAGGACCGUCUGGCGGCGAGGGCCAUUAAUUAUAAGAGACAGGCAGACAGACAGCUAGCCAGCUCACCAGACAGACGGACAGACAGACAGUACCGCAGAGAGCGCAGACAGGCCUGACAGGAGCAGGCCCGACAAAUACAAAGAGAGAGGAGGAAGAGCAGCAGCACGAGCGGCCAAGAAAAAUAAUCCUCCCCCUGUAGCGGCUGCAGCUCCGCGCACCGCCCCGCUUCUCCUGCUGCCAGAGGACUAUGAGUAAAUACAUUCAGGCAUAAUAACCCUUUGUCAUAAGAGAAAGAAACGCCAUUUGCGACGGGGAUAAAUAAUUGAAAAAAAUGCGGCUGUCCGACUGCGCAUCCCUGGGAGUGAGUAGUGAAAUGCUGCGCCAGUGUCCCGGCUGAGAGACGGAGCCGAUCUGACCCAACAUAUGCUCCUGAGCUUUUUCCCCCUCCUGACAUUACACAAUAUCGCUGCCAAAAUCAUCGUUUCCAACAUGGUAAGUUCUUUUCUGUUAUUUUUAACGGGGGCUGUGUCGGCGACGAGCGGCCUGUUGGGGAAAUGCACAUCCGGGACUGUAUUUUGGGAGAAGUCAUAAUAUUUUAUGAAUCAUAACUUGUUAUGAUGUGGGAGCGCGCGUGGCGUGCAACAGGUCGCCGUACAGUAGCGAGGACGCGCAUCUCAGCGCCGUAUUUUGCGCUUGUUUCCAAACUGUGGCGUUUAUAACGUCCCACCGUCGUGUACGCGAACAUUUUGGCAAGAUGGCACGAAAGAUUCGAAAGCGUAGUCGACACAAUGGACUUCUGUUUUUUUCCAAACAGGCAGCGAUAUUUGCUCAUUUUAAACAAAUAGAUAGCCUAACUGUGAGCGAGUUAUUACUUCUAUCUCGUCUAUAAUAUUAUCGAUUGCGCAGUGACACGCGUGUUUUCAUCAUAAUUGAUUUAUUUCUGAUGAUUUAGUGUCGGCCAACAAAAACAGUUUAGGUUUCACAAUAAUGAGCUAAUUAGCUCACGGCAGAAUUUACAUGAGUUCGAUGUUAAAGCUGUUUGUUAUAUUCAAUGAACAGAACCCAGUCUUAAAAAAUGGAGGACCCCUUUUGAAAAAUUAAGACAAAUUAUUUUUAAUGUUUCUACUACCUCGAGGACCACAGACUUCACACCAAGCAGCAGAUGUGUUUUAUUCUCCUUACCUAGCCUCAGUGAGACAUAGCCUAAAGGAGCUGGGGGUUUCGGUGGGUGGUGGGUGUCUUAUAGGGCCUGGGUGAAAAAUGAUUUUCCUCCCCACUCUGUCUUUCUUUCUCUACCUCUCUCCACGUGAUAAGCAGUCGAGUUGAGGGUGAAAAGAGAGCAUUGUGCCUCCAGUCAGUGGCCUUAUGUGCUGGAGAGGCUCUAAGAGGGUGAUGCUCACUCAGCUGUGCUCCCUCAACGCCAUUGUUGCAAAUUCCACCUCAUUUCAGCCGCUCUGUUUACUGAGCUCACACACAUGAGCCUGUGUGGAGCAUCAUGCAUUCUCACACACUAACCUUGAACAGGCUGGGUUAGACUGUAUGCCUGAGCAACAAGGUGGCCUUUGACAUUAAAUUCUGUUUAAAUAUGCGUAAAGCAGAAUUCAUGAAAAGGGGAUGGUGCUGACUUUUGUGUCCACCUGUGUGCCGAGUUCCCCUCUUUCGCACGCAGGGAUAAUCUAAAGGGGAGAUUGAGAUUUGUAGGAUCGUGAUCAGUGCAGGAAAGCGUAGGGACAGGCCAUUAUGCGAUGAACUUGAGCGUCAAUUUAUGAGGGUUUACCAAAGAGAGGCAGUGGACUCUUGGCUCAAAAGAAGGGGUGUUCACUCGCCAUUUGAAUGCAAAGUAGAGGAUGAACAAGUGAGCUGUGUGAGUGUGUGUGUAUGUGUGUGUGUGUAUGUGUGCAAGGAAGGAGGGCCAACGGUGAGUUUUGAGAAAAGGGAGAAUUGUCGAGAGAAACUGUCACAUGGCACUUUAGCUGUUUUUCUUUCUCUGCACCACAAUGCCACCAACGUGGACAGGCUUUGUUCAGAUCAAUCAGCUUGGAACCUAGGUUAUAGUGUUACUUUUUUUUUUUUGGAAAAAGUACUUUAGUUUGUCUUCAUUUUUUGCCUUGCCUCUGAGUAAUUUUAGACACCUACUUUUUCCAGUGUGCAAGGAGGCAGAAUAGAAGUUGUGUGUUGGCCAAUGUGCACCUCCGUCGGUCCCAUCCUGCAGAAGCAUGUCCCGUCGGAAACAGAAACGACCUCAGCAGCUUAUGAGCCUGACCCUCGGUGCCUGUCGGAUACCUGAGCAUGGUGAGAAAGACUAUAUAUCCAGAAAGUACUGCUCUUCCAAUAGAGUGUUCAUAUUGGACGGUUUGGGUGGUUUAUUAAGCUCUUGUAGUCAUUUCUCGUGGACAUGCAGAGAUCAUGCCGAAAACAUUUCAUAGUGUUAGUAUAUUGUUUAUAUCUGCUACAUUAUUCUAACCCAUCAUGCAUUUCACUGUUGCACUAAACUGUAAUUUUCCACUUAAGGUUACGAGGCCUUCCUAAUAUGAAAGUUUUAUUUACCACAUUCAUCAUUCAUAAAUUGUUUCUGAGUUUGAGUUUAAUCUUUUUAGUUUAAUUUUCAUUGAAAAAGUUAACAAUAUUUGAAGUACACAGUUUUAGGUGCAUGUUAUACUUGCACAGAGAGAAAGAAGGCAUCUUGAAUUACUGGCCUGCAGAGUCUUUAAUUCAUUCUCUGUGGUGGCAGCCAUUAGCCGCUUUCUUUGCCCUGUAAAAACCAAAUGUCUUCACUCCUCAUCAAUGCCAGGUUCAAAGACAUGGACCACCCAGAAUCGAGGAAUAUCCUGUAAACCUCUCUAAGAACAUCUGUGAGGUGAACAUUGAGCGAAUCUGAAAAUAAAUUAGUCAAAGCAAGACGUCGGUUGGGCUGAGGCUUUAAGAUGAGCAUGAGAAGGUGAAGAAAAAGGAAACAUUGUGAGGCACUGUAUAAGGUGUUCUUACUCCAAUAGCAUUAGACCCCAUUGUCCUCUUUCAGCUUUGUUGCUGGGCACUGAAGCAUGAGCAUACCCAUGAAGAAAGUGUGUAUGUGACAGGGGUUUGUGUGAGUGUGUCCACAAGUAUGUGUAUUUGUUUGUGUCCAGACACUCCAGUUACAGGAAAAGGGCCCACAUUGUGUCAUAAAAACUUUGCUUUCAGCUAAUGGCUGCAAGUUUUGUAUGUGCUCAUGUGUGAGUGAUAAACCUGGUGCAAAAAGAAGACUUUGAUUUCUUAUGUCUCUGUUUUGUGGAUCGACAGGCCUACUGUGUGUGUAUGCUUCACCAUGUCCCCCUGUGCUUCUUUGGGCUAAGUUAGCUUGUUGAUGGUCUGUGAGUCAUCAUGUCUGUCUGCAAGGCUGUUUGUUUUCUUUGCACGACACCUCUCUCCUCUGCCUGGCGCUAAACCAUAUCAGGAAUGUGACCUUAGAGUGUUUAAGGUCAAGUCUGCCAGCCAAUCAGGCACCCACUACAGUGUCCAGUAUCCAGCCAGGACCUAACCCUGACCACCCCUGUGGGCUACAUGGGGGAUGGGCUCUUAAGGAGAUGAAAGAAAGACAGAUUGAAUGGAAGAAGAAAGAGAAAGAGAGGCAGGGAUGGAAGAGUGUCUCAGUGAGUGAGUGUGGCUUCUUUUAUUGGGAUGGGGGGUGGGGGUGAGGUAAAGUCCACUAUCUUGUGCGUGUUGCCCUGGAAACAAGGUAGACUCCUCUACGGGUGAGGAGAGUAUUCUUGCAAAUCAAUGGAAUCUGUGUGUCUGGUGUGUAUGUGUAUGUUAGCAGGUGUGCCUGCAUGCAUGUCAUGUCCAGUUCGCAUGUGUGUGUGUGUCUGUGUGUCUGUGUGUGUGGCAACAGUAGCAAGGAGUAUGCAGUUGAUGAGGGAGGACAGAACAAAAAGGAAAAGGAAGCAGGGGGUGAAUGAUUAGGUGGUGCAAAUUAAACCAAGUUGCCGAAAGUCACCUCUUAGACAACUCCCAUUUCCUUAACACCAAGUUUUCACCUGAUGACAUCUAUCAUUUGUCCUUGUUUGAGUGUUUCAGUGCCAUGAAAUGAGAAUGUAUAAUUAGAAUACUUUUAACAAAUAAAGCUAUUACACAGAUGGUUUACAAUCUUUUUAAGCGAGAUUAUUUUGUUACAGUCAAAGAUGACAAAAUUUACACUCAGAUUUUCUCCUUUCAAUUUCCCCAGAUGAUAACUUGGCAUUGAAGUCCCACCCCUCUCAACUUAUCCUGGAUUCUCCUUUGUGCUCUCCAUCCUCCUCUCUUCAAAGCUCCCAGUUGCACCUCUCACUUUGUUCAACUCUCAAGGGCUCUCAGACUCCCUCGCCACCCACUGAGGGUCCACUGCUAUCCUGCUCAACCAGCCAGUCCUCCAAGGGCUCACAGCCCUCUCUCCCUCCCAAAUUCCCUUACUCUCCUCUCCUUUCCAACACUAAAGAUCCCCUUGCCCUCCAACUGUCUGACUCCAAUCCUACUCUAUCUUCAAGUGCCCUAAUCAACUCCUCUAGAAGUGCAGACAUGGCUUCCCCCAAGCUGGGACUGUCUGCCACCACUACCACCUCUUCAUCAUCCUCAUCGUCCUCUGCCUCCCUUUGUCCGCCACCACAUCCUGGAAGCCCCAGCCGUGUGCCUGAAGGCCCUCCAAGCCCUGUUACCCCCACUCCUAGCCCAGGAGUGGCAUCAUCCUCAUCUGGACCCUCCAGGGCUCAGCUGAGCAUUGCCCUGAUCCUGGAGGAACUGCGAGUGCUGCAGCAAAGGCAGAUCCACCAGAUGCAGAUAACAGAGGAAAUCUGUAGACAGGUGCUACGCCUUGGAGGAGCCUCUUAUUCCAUAGAUGCUCCCUCCCAGCAUAUCCUCCCUUCCUUGCCUCAGCUCUGUCUUGAAGGCAGCAAAAGGGCAGCUAGUCCAACCACUGAGCCAACUGCAACUCAGCCUCCCACAUCUGUGGCUCCCCUCCUGGCGUGUUUCUCCUCCCUUCUGCCCUCUCAAGUAGCAAGCAAGCCAACAAAGCCCAGCAGUUCAUUGUCUCAAAUCCUGCAGCCCCACAAGUCUCAAAUAGAAGGGGCAGUAGGGUCUGCUGGAGCUCAUGGUUAUCUCAGGGGAAGUUCUCGGUCAACAACUUCCUCCACUCCCUCCUCUGCUGCCAUCUCUAUGGCCUCCUCUAACUGUCCUCUACCCCUGUCUUUAGCUCUGCCCAAUCGCUAUCUUCAUGAGAAAUCACCAAACACCUCUGCACAGAGUGAGCAAAGUGGUAUGUCCUUCCUGAACUCAACCCUCUCUGCCUCAGUCCAAAUGAUGCCAAAUUCCCAACAAAGUCUGCAGUCUCUCUCUGGAGGAACAGACCCCUCUGCAUCCAGCUCUAACACUACUGGUCGCCUCCAACAUGCCUGUCGCUUCUGUGGCAAAACUUUUAACGGUGACUCUUCCCUACAGAUACAUCUUCGCUCACACACAGGGGAACGACCCUACCAGUGUCCUGUUUGCCUUAGCCGCUUCACCACACGUGGAAACCUUAAGGUUCACUUCCUACGCCAUCGUGAGCAAAACCCAGAGCUCUCACUGUCACUUCUGCCGCCUUCUCUGUUUGGAGUGGCACUGGGGACCACUAGGGUGUCUGAUAUGGGACAGGCAAUAAGCAGUGCAAGUAGUACUAGUGGUAUGAAUAUGAUACAAAAGAAGCCUAGAAGCAGGCCUGAGGAUGAGACAUGUGGAGAGCAUUUGGAAGUUAGUGGAACCAGUGCUGGUUUUUCUCUGGGGGCCUCUGGAGGAUCUACUCCUUCUACUUUACCCCUGCCCCCCAGUGUGGAUCUGGCUUUGAUUUCUCACUCUCUCCUUCAGCUCAAUAGGGCUGCUGCUGUUGCAGCUGCAGCUUCUAUCACUUCUGGCUCAGCCCAGUCAUCCUCCUCUUCAGCCUCCACCUCCUCACUGGCUACUUCGCUCCUUUCAAACCCCUCUUUGUCUCCAUCUUCCACCAUUGCAGGGUUAUUCAAAGGCACAAAACAGCAGCACUUUGAUGAGAAUACUCCCCCCCACGCUCCAAUGCUUUCACCUGCAGCUUACUCUCAGCUAGCCAACCUGCCCAAGCUUCUCUUCCCAUCUGUCUCCACUUCUGCCUCUAGCCCAGCUUCACAUGCCUCCCUCUAUAACCACCCAGCCUUGGGCUUGCUGCGCAACCCCCUACCCUCUACCCCAGGCUCUAAUCAACUUGCUUCAUCCAGUCAUUCCCAGCUUUCAUUUCCUUUCUCUGCCUUUCCCAAAGUCCCAGGUCCAGCCACCACUACUCCCUCUUCACUGCCGUCUUCCAUGGCUACCUCCACCCCUACAUCUGAAACCUCAAAGCUGCAAAGGCUGGUGGAGAAAUUAGAGAAGGUGCCUCCCGGCUCCUCUUCUCUAUGGGCCUCCUCUACUUCCUCCUCCAUGCUGGAGAUGUUGUCUAGCAGUAUCACUACCUCUUCAGCAAGAUCAGCCAAUAGCAGUUUCACAAAUGCCAGCACUUCAGCAACAUAUGUCAUGGCAUCCCCACCGUCCUCAACUCUAGUCUCCACCUCUGUUUCAAACCUGACAAAUGAGAUGGUUGCUGCCUUGGGUAUGAGUGCCAAUGGAAGAAAUGCCUUGGCGGGGGGCUUGCUACCACCACUUACCAUCACAGGACCAACUGGUAACAUGGCAACCAAUCAGUGUGGAGUGUGUCUACGAGUGCUGAGUUGUCCUAGAGCGUUGCGUUUACACCAGGCUACUCAUCUUGGAGAAAGGCCUUUUCCUUGUAAGAUAUGUGGCAGAUCCUUCUCUACCAAAGGCAGUCUAAGGUCACAUGUGGCCACACAUCAUGCCCGACCACCAAAUGCACGUGUCCAGAACUCUUGCCCACUGUGCCAGCGCAAGUUCACCAAUGCCCUGGUGCUCCAGCAUCAUAUCCGUAUGCACCUUGGGGGGCAGUUGCCCACAGAUAUCACAGAGGAUCCCACACAGGAGACACCAGCUGACUCAAAUGCCAAACCCUUGUCACAAUCCCAGUCCCAGUCCCAGUCUACUGACUCAAACACCUGUACAAGUAAAACACCUCCUCUAGCAGGUCACCCUACAAGCCCAGCCCCUAGUACAUUAUUUCAAACUCCAGAUGUUGGCUCUGUCCCUGUCUCUAGCAGUGGAAAAUCAGUUGAGUUAACCAAAAAUCCCAGUAAGUCUGGGUCCCCCAGCCCUGACCUCAUUCCCCCCUCUGACCUUAGCCCUGACCCGUUCAUGAAUACUACAACACAAACCCCACCACCUGGCAGUGUAGAUCCCCCUGUACUGUGUGUCAGUGCUUCCCUACUAUCCCCCCAAGAGAUGGAUCAAGUCUCUCAAGUUGACAACACAGUUGAACGACAAGCCAAUGCCUCCACUGUCACCAAAACCACAGUACCACCUAACGCUAUGGAAGAGGACUGUGGAGAGAGCGGGGCAUCUACCUCCUCCCUCCUUGGCUCCAAAUCUAACCAGGAGGACUUACAAAGCACACCUGGCAUUGAUGCCCACUUAGCUUACACUUCUCCUGGUACUUCCUCUAACACCAUAUCUUGCCAAGAUGAUCCUAAUAUUAAUCCAACACCAAUAUUAGAAUCAGACUCAGUCCCCCCAAGGCCUCAAUCACCAGAGCCUAUGGAAGAAGAAGAAGAAGAAGAAGAAGAUCAGCCUCCACCACCAGCAACACCAAAGCAAGACCAAGCAACUGUGCCUGAUGAGGACCCAAAAAUAGCGCCCACUUUGGACACUUCUGACAAUACUGGUGUUGAAGUAAGGGGUGCAUCACAGAGAGCUGCCACUUUUGUAAGAGAGACGCGCCAGAGCUUUCAUUUUGGUUCAUAUGGGAGAGAGGACCCAAUAGAAAGUGUAAAGAUCAGUGAAUCAGCUCAAAGUGAGACAAUGGAUGCAUCUGUCCCCAUCAGUCUCGCCCCAACCUUGCCUUCUCCAAUAUCUCGUCCUGAGAAGAAGACCUAUUGCUGUGCAGAAUGUGGAAAGGAGUAUGCCAGUCGCAGUGGACUGAAGGUGUGUGGAAAAUUAAAGAUAAAGAAAAAUUGCAUGUUCGAGUCCUAUGAGUUUUGCUCAACACUGCAUUACAUUUGAUACUUUUAUUUAGUGUAUCCUAUCUCUUUUUGUUCCCAGGGGCACAUGAAGCACCAUGGUGUGGUGACCAAAUCGGCACGUCCAUCAGGACGGAGCAGUCGGUCAACUGCUGACCAGCUUCAGUCUUCUUCCUUGAACAUUCCUGCCACAAGGAGCUCAGCAGGCUUCUGGAAUCAGUACCAAGCCUUCCUCAAUAGUAGUAAUGAAUCAAGUGAUAACCCAACCACUAGCAGCCAAGAAGAGAACGAGAUGGCACAGUCUACUCAGUCUCAGAUGGAUCCAAGAGUUCCUGAUGAAACUGGGGAAGAGUCUGGUGAAGGGUCAUAACUUGAGUCAGCGAGAUAAGCUUGAUUGUUUUCUGAUGUUUUCAAUAAAUGUUUACUUUUUGGUGAAACUGUAUGGGCAUUUGUAGUACUGCUUCCUAAACACAUUUUAGUAGCCUGUCAGUUUGAUAGUCAGAGUAAUAUGUUUGUACGUGAAAGUUGUGAGUCAACCAGCUUGGUCCUGUGUAAAAAACAAAACAAAACAAAAAAAAAAAGACAGCUAUUGUAAAAAUAAAAAUGCAAAUAUGGAAGAUGUGACAAAGUGAGUCCAGGUUUUGCUGGAUCUGUUGAAAAUGUGACAUAACAGUUGUCCAGAUGAAGUUGUCAAUAGUUUAAUGCACUUUCUAACAGAAAUAUCCCUGUUGUAUCAAUGUUUCAUAUUAGACUUGGGUCAAGUGAUUAUAUAUUUUUUUCAUUACUAAGAGCAGUAAGGGAAGGUUUAACAUGCACAACUGAACAAAUAUGACAAGUAGCCUAUAAAUAAGUCACAGAGAACUACAAUUGAAGAAUAGUCAAUCAAAACCUGCCAUUCAAUAAGUCGGCAGUCAAGGGCUCAGUAUGAUGUGCCACAUACCAAAUUGAUCCAACUGGCACCAAAGGAGGCUCAAGUUAACCAAAAGAAAAAUUUCUUUACAAAUGUAUCCCAACUUUUGUUUCAUAUCUGAAACAAUCUUUUCCACGAUUAUCAAAAGAAAUGCUAUUAACAAGGGGAAUAUAAAAUGACCAGUGUUUUACUGAGGAUUAUUAGGUCUUAAAUCCACCAUAACUUGUUUCAAACACUACUCACUCCAGUUGUUGUGGUUUAUUUUUCACCAUGUUGUCCUGUCUAACUAUAAACACAGCUGCAAUGUUUGUGAACCCAGUGAGGACAUGGUCUUUUGUGUGACCUUUGACCUUCAGCUUUGUGUAUAUUAUGGUUGUUGUUUGGUCUAAAAAGUACUAUGUGUAACACCUUUUUUUCAGUUACUAAAACUUUGAGUUUCUAUAAAUAUCAGAAGUCUGUCUGUUGUAAGAUGUACUUUCAGUAUCUCUGAAUUAAAAACCCCAUUUGAAAAAAAACAAAACCUUGCUAUUUCUUUUAGUAAAACUGUGCACAAUAUAAUUUUUUGUAACUACUGUGCUGACUUAUUUCCAGCAAAUACAUACUGUACAUUUGCAGCCAUUUUUGUCUAGUUAAAAUGUCAAUGAUUCCCAGCAGUCACACACCACUGAUUCCUGCUCACUGCCAAGAUAGUCAAAGCAUCCCUUUUUGUGUCCCCUCAACCAAGACGACAAGGGCA